GGGGCGGGCGGGGAUCCACGGGUUUCGCUCGGCGUUCGUAGCAGAGAAGAGAGGACCCUUGGGAACCGGACCCUAGUCGCCCAGUUCUGUUCUGGCUUGGGCCCACAUGGAGGGGACCGCGGAGUCCCAGACGCCUGACUUACGAGACGUGGAGGGCAAGGUGGGCAGGAAGACCCCCGAAGGACUGCUCCGCGGGCUCCGAGGCGAGUGCGAUCUGGGAACCUCUGGGGAUGUGCUGCUCCCGGGGGCUUCCAGCACUGGCCACGGCCUAGGGGACAAGAUCAUGGCGCUGAGGAUGGAGCUGGCUUACCUGCGAGCCAUCGACGUGAAGAUUCUGCAGCAGCUGGUGACCUUGAAUGAGGGAAUUGAGGCAGUGCGCUGGCUGCUGGAGGAGCGGGGGACACUGACCAGCCAUUGCAGCAGUCUCACCAGCAGUCAGUAUAGUCUGACAGGGGGAAGCCCAGAACGCUCAAGGCGGGGCAGUUGGGACAGCCUGCCAGAUACCAGUUCAACUGACCGGCUGGACAGUGUCUCUAUUGGCAGCUUCUUGGACACGGUGGCCCCCAGAGAGCUGGAUGAACAAGGACACCCUGGGCCUUCCUGUCCUGAGAUUGACUGGGCAAAGGUUAUACCCAGUGAGGACAGGGCCAGGACUGAGGUGGACAUGACAUCCACCAAGCUAGGGAGCCUAACAGCUACAUGGAAACUUCCAGGGGACGGGCUCCAAUGUGGACCACCUGAGCUAUCAGAAGAUGACAGUGCUAAGCAGGGCUUUGAGGCUCAUUGGUACUGGGGACAGUGCCAGGAUGAUGUGACCUUCUUGUAAAAACUUUCCUACCCAUUUGCACUUUGUGGCUCUUUCAACUUUUG